AUGGAUGGACUGUCAUCUGCAGCCAGCGUUAUCGCGGUCAUACAACUGGCGGGGAGUAUUGUGAAGAUUUGCGGCGACUACAUCCAAGAGGUAAAAAAAGCUAGGGACGAAAUUUUAGAGCUUCAGCAAGCCGUCACGGAUCUCGAAGGAGUUCUCCGGGAGCUGAAUGUGAAAGAAAUCGUAUCAGAUCUUCAGGGAUACAAAUCAACAUUCACGUUAUCCUUAAAUAUUGAUCAAGUAGCCGUCGUCGCCGGUAUACAUGAGACUACCGACCGAAUCGACUAUCGUACAAGCCUAAGCCAAUUACUAGUGGCACAGGGGGCCCAGUUCGACUCGUAUGAGAACCAACAUGAGGAUUAUUGUCUUCCGGGCACCAGAGUAGCCCUCCUGCGUCAAAUUGAGGAAUGGGCUAGUUCUCCGAGCGGAAAAGGCAUUUUCUGGUUGAAUGGUAGAGCUGGGACUGGCAAAUCAACCAUCUCGAGAACGAUAACACAGACUUUGAGCAAGACCAAUCUACUCGGAGAAAACUUCUUCUUUAAAAGGGGUGAAGGGGAUCGGGGGAAUGCGACAAAGUUGUUGCCGACGAUUACAAGACAACUAGUGAGGAGCAUUACUGGGCUAUUCCCCGGUGUCCAGAAAGCACUUCAAGACAACUCUGACAUUUCAAAAGAGGACUGA